CUGCCACAGUCUGGGAACUUGGUUGCACGAGCCCAUCGUGGCGAGGUGGGGAAAGAGUCCGUGCGUGGAGGCUCGGUUAAACAAAUUCAAGCCAGCGGGGUGAAUGCAACGUCUCAGCCCGAAUUCGGGGCAUCAGGGAAAAAUCAAGGGGUCUCCGAUAAUUUUUUGAUGCAUGAAAAGGUCACCACCUCCUCGCGGUUGGACAGACCCGCUACGCGGAUCGUGAUCGUUAAGGGACAUCUCCGGCCUGCUCCGGGGGGGCCACAUGACCAGUCCGUGCCAUCCUCCAACAACGUCACCCCUGUAGUGGACAUUGCCUCACAGUCGGAUAGCUCCCCCAAAUCAAAUGGCGAAUCGGAUAGCGUCGAAGAUCCUAACGCUUGGAGGGAACGUUUGCGUUCCACCAGUACGGAGGCAGAUUUGAAGUUGGCGAAAAGUUUGGUCGAUAGCAAUUGCACCCUCAUGUUGCCAGAUCCCGAGAGUAGCCUCACUAGCCCUCCUCCAGAUUCGUUCUUCGGGGUUCACAUUGCAUCUAUCGCGCGGGGCAUGCGGGUGCCUUUAUGUCCAUUCUUGGUGGCACUCCUUGCCCAUAUCGGGGUAUCGCCGUGCCAGAUGACCCCAACCGCACAUAUGUUUACGGCUGCUUUUGUCGCACGUUGUAGUGGCGUUGGUAUCCGGCCAUCCAUACCGUUGUUCCGCGCAUGCUUUAGGUGGAACCGCCCUAACAAUAAGACAGAUGACGGCGGGUUCGUGUCACUUUGCCAAUUACCGCACCGCAAGCUCUUUGAUCAGUAUCCAGAGCCACCUAGGAAGUGGUCGAAUAAAUGGGUAUGGGCAUCCGCUCCCCGCUCGCUACCCGUCACGUCCACCUGGGGUAUUUCAAUGCGCGAGUACAAGCCUGCCUCUCUCACCCCUGACCUUGAGGAGAAGGUCAAGGCCUUGCUCCAAGGGGGCCCUUUCCCGAUUAAUUCGUAUAUAGGUAAAUCUUCUGUCCCAGCAGGUCACAGAUACCAUAUGAGAUCAUCCCUUAAUUUGCUAAUAUUUUCAUAUGUGGCAGGCAACAGACACGAAGUUGCUGCCCCCAAUGUGUCAUUGGGGACCAUGCUCCCACCUCCUGCGCCUGGUGCGAAUUUAUGUCCGCCCAAUCUUGGGGAGAAGCGCGGGGCCUCCCCGUUCCGUGAAGAGCAGGUUGCCAUGGACGGAAAAGGCCUAGUUACGGCGCAGGGUGUUGCCCCCCAGUCCGUGGUACCUGAUGCAAGUAGGAGCGUGUCCGACGCCACCAUGCCCGAGGUAGACGCCGGGGUGAAGAGCGGGCAGGGUGUUGCCCCCCAGUCCGUGGUACCCGUUGCAAGUAGGGGCAUGCCCGACGCCACCAUGCCCGAGGUAGACGUCGGGGUGAAGAGCGGGGUUCCCCCACGUCAUGGGGAACAAGCCGGUAAGAAGAAAGAGGUUGCUGGUAUGCGGGGCAGGCUCGCUGCUCUGGCCGCAGAGGAGGACGCCAGGUUCCGGCCUUCGAGGACCGAAGUCAUUCCUUUCAUCGUGGAAAAACAACACGGGGCCCCUCCUGUUAACCAGCCAGCUCCUACCCUCAGUGCUUCAUCGAUUUUGGAUAUGGCGCGCUCUAUCAAAUCUUACAGCGCGGGGCUAAUGGACACAGCCGUCGCGCUUCAAACAAUAGGUCAUCGUCGCGAUGAGCUCCAGCACCAGGCUGACGAGGCUCACCGUCACUCGGUUGCCGUUCAGCGUCGGGCGGACGAAGCAACAGCUGCUCUGUCCGAGCUCCAGUCAAAAUAUGACUUCCUACAAUCGAAGUAUGAUCGAAUGCAAGCAUCGUUCACGGAUGCGGGGCGUCAGGCAGUUGCGGCAUUUCAAACAUCCCCGGAAUUUUCAAAAAUCAUCAUUUCGAAGCUGGAGGCUCACCGCUCAGAGCAGGUCCAAGCAUGGUUGAAAACCGAGGAGGGUCAACUUUGGCGGGAUAAGGAAAUUCUCAUGUCCUUCAGGUGUGGCCGAUACGACAUGCAGACCACGUUGUACAAUAGGCUGGCAGAGUUCUAUCCCGACUUCGAUCCCGAAAAAUUUGGUUUGCCCGAAAUCAUGCCAGAUCCUGACGGGGCCAACGAGCAAGCGAACGAUUUGUCCCUUUUGCACUUGGAUAUUCCAGAUGACUUGGAAGAUGCCGUUCAUGGCUUUGAUUUUGAGACUAUCCUCAAUGGUGUUCCUGAGAACAUGCCUGAUCCUUAGAUCGUAGAUAUGAAUCUCUUAUAUUGUCGUCUUUAUUCUCAUUUUUGUUGGACAUUCCACUUUAUAUUCCGCACUUGUCUUUUUUUUAUUCUCAC